AUGAGUGCACCGAUAAUCAUCACCGUUCCCAACAAUUAUCUGGCGGUGGAUGAGUUGGAGUCAAAGGUCGUGGUCGACGUGGCUCCUAGUCCAUCGUCCAGGAAACGGAGGCUGGACCAUCUAACAUGGGAGGAGAAAAUGCAAAGAAAGAAACUUAAGAACCGUGUAGCGGCGCAAACAUCGCGCGACAGGAAAAAGGCAAAAAUGGACGAAAUGGAAAGCAGAAUCAAGCAAUGUAUGGACAUGAACGAGCGGUUAGUCAGUGAGGUGGAGAGUUUGAAGGCGUUGAAUGAACGCCUACUGAGCGAGAAUGCGGCGCUGCGUAGCGCGGCCGCGGCGCGGGACGUCACGGGAGCCCCAAGACCAGCAGUGUCUUAUCCUCAGCAGAAGGAGGGGCCCCCGAUGGCGAGCCGCGCGGCGCGCAUGCUGAUGGCGAUACUGGCUCUCUCGCAGAAUUACUCGCCCACCUCGACUCCCCUGAGAGAGGAUAAACAUGUCGAAAGCAGGAGUGAUUCACAAUGCGAUCAAGGAAGAGAAGUGGUGGGGACCUCAGCAAAGCAACUGGAAUCCGGUGAAAGUGGAAUCCUAAGUGCGGUGAAGCAUGAUAUUGACAGGAUAUUAGCACAACAUUCAUAUGCACAUCCCUACCCUGACACAGAUGUAGAAGUUAAGGAAGAAAGCAAUGACAAAGGCGACAUGUUUUAUGCGAGUUAUGAAGCAAAUGACUGUAUUACUGUUGAAGUGCCAUGUGACGAUCAAGUGGUAGAAGUGCCUUCGACAGAUAUUGAGGCAGAUUUUAAUAUAUUAACUGAUAACAGUUCAGAUAUUACAUUAGAAUGUGACAUGAAGUUGCUUUCUCCUAUGACAUUGUCGCCUAAGUCUAGCGAAGAGAACCUCUUUGGAGCUUCACCCUCGCAUACAAACUUCAGCUCCGACUUGGGCUAUGAAUCACUAUCUUCACCGCUCAGCGAGCCAGAAUCUAUGGACUUGUCAGAUUUUUGGUGUGAUUCUUUCUCAGAAUUGUUCCCAGGCCUAGCG